CUGUGUUGCUGUUUACCUUAGCGGCUUCGGAAACGUAUUUACGCUGUGCUGUGCAAAAAGGGACAGCAUGGCCAGCUUUUAUCGUACUUGCGUAUCCAUGAUAUCAUCCAACAGCACAAACAUCCUAACAUAGUGUAUGGUGUGCUACCAUAUACGAGUACAUAAAUAUAUACUUGUAACCCAUAUAAAUUUGUAUAUGGUUGAUUGUAUAGGGGUGACUAGUGCCUUAGAAUGGUCAAGACAGCUUUUUCCGGUCAGUCAGACCGGAGGAAGCGAAGAAUUGACCUCUCCCAUGAGUCCGAGAUAUGUGACCACAACCUAUUGCUAGUGCGCUCACUAUCAUUUCUAACUGGACUGAAUUUCUACGGUGCAAUAUUUGGAGUGGCGAUGAACGAGGCACUGGGCUCGGUAGUGUCAGUGGGCAUGGUGGUGUCGGCGAAAGCAUUAGCUACUGUUAUCUCAGAAAUACCAAGUGGAAUUCUUGCAGGUAUUGCGAGCUUAUAGCAUAAAUCGAUACAUUGCAAAAGCUAAAAUCAUUGUGCUCAAUAUGCUUUAGUCAAUAUAUUCUCAGCCUUCGUUUAUUUCCUAGACAUCUUUUGUCGGAUCGAUACACAAC